AUGGCUGCUACAUUUCAUCUGGUAAUGUCGGAUCAAGUGGACUCAUUCUAUGACUCGGUGAAUGCUCGAAAUUACGGCUCACUAGGAAAUGAUGAUGGUAUCACAGAAACAAUGUGUAAUGCUUUUUUCGAUGCACAUCGUGAGGCCGACAGACUCAAAAUAUCGCUAGAGGACGCAAUAGCUUUGAAUCAGAAUAAGCAUCACGACGGUGGACCAAUUGAGGGGGAUACUCGCGUUAACAGCAUCGAAGAUACGCACGGAAAUAAAAUACGACAGUGUCCUGUUGUUAUACAUCCAGCUGAAGAACAAACGGGAAUUGAAGUCGGCGGCGUAGCUGUUCAAGAUGAGAACGCGCCAGAAAUCACUACAGCACCAAAACCAGCAGAGAACUUGGAGGAUCUUACUCGUCUGGCGAUGUUUGGCAAGCAAAAAACUGUCCUGCGCCGCUCUCAAAUCAAAGAUUCGCCUGCCCCAGCACACUCUCCUACGGCAGCCUCGGCUACUCCUGCCUUGUGCCGCCCUUCUCCCCACGUUGUUGCUAAAGGAGUGACAACAUCAAAUCCAGUUGUGAAUAGAAGAUCCAUUAAGCCACAGGCCGACAAUGAUGAACGAAUAACGAGCGCCAGAAGUGAUGGGCCGCGCAAACCGUGUAAUAAUGUCACGGCAUCGUUGCAUUACCGUACAGCUGAAGCAGAAAAGCGUCCAGGAGCUUCUAUUCGUUCCCCAUUUAUUAAGGCGAACAGAACUACUACUACUACUCGUCCUGCAUCCCAUGUUCCCGCUGGGCCGGUUACCCGAGCACGAAGCAAGGAGUUGAGUUCUAGAGUCUCCAAUGAAAACACUGUUCAGAAGAAUGCAUCCUCAAAAACGCAAGCCAAUCCUUCUGCAAUUGUUGAAAACGGUGUUCACCAGAGACUAAGCACUGAACGUAUAUCCCGCAAUCGUGCUCCGCGUACAACAACAAGUAGCAGGUCAUCUGAGCUGGCACGAGUCACCAAUCCAGUUCGUGUAACUCAUGAAUUCCCACGGAAUGGAAAUUCUUUUCUCCGGAAUGAACGAGUUCCUAGUGCACGUCAAUUCUACCAUGAGUUGCUUCAUCGCAACUCGAGUCUGGGAAGCUGCGAUCGUUCCUCUUCAACUCCUAAAGACAAACAGAAGCAAACCGAUACAUCUGCCGCCGCAGGUGGCACAGGAUCCACAACAGACAAGCGUCCUGGAGUGAAGUCGGAUCGGCGGCCAACCCCUCGAGCUUCAAGUCUGACACGCCCAGUUCAGGAAGUAGUAAAUCGUCCUGCAAACUCUCUUCUUCGUCCUCGUGCUGCCAGUGCUUCUAGGAUUCCUUCUAUCGUUCGCCCCCCUACCACUGGUGGCCCAACAGCUCGUCUCGCUAGUAUUACUCGUCCUAGCACUGGACGGCCUCCUAGUGUAAAUCGGCCUCAGUUCCCUGCUUCAGGUCGACCUGCUGCUCCCCGCAGCACGUCGAUCCCUAACAACCUCUCAGGUACUGUACGAUCGACUACCGCUAGGCGUCCCGUUGCUAUUGUCGGGCAGAGCACAGCUGGAGUGAGGGUUACUCCUCUUCACCAGAAGCCUACAGAACCUCGCUCAUCAGUGAUACGUAAUCCACCCUCAAAUAAAGGUCCGGGAGAUGGAACACCACAGCGCGAAUUUUCCUCGAGAUUGCGACGUUAUCCUGUACCCACGGGCCUAACACCUCUUCAUCGCCCUUUAACAAAACCUGCUGACAUGAAAUUCCAUCCGAUGCAUGGUCAUGGUCAUGCACGUGCUUUGAAUAAUGAACAAACAAAGGGUCCUCUCGUAACAACGGAGCCUUCACCAGCAAAAGUGUUGUCCAAACAAGAGAUGCGUGCCAUGAUUGAUCGCCUCUCUGCGCCCAGAGGAGCAACUAAAACGCCAACUAAAGUAAUGAAUAAGCAAACACACGGUUUGAGCUGUGUAAAAAUCCGGAGCCGGUCGACUUCAUUGGCUCGUACAACUGUACAGUUUGGAGGAAGUACGACUUCAAAACAACUAUUUCGAAAUGGGAGCGAAGAAAUUGUUGCAGGACAAGAAACUUUGUUAAAACAACAAAAUUUGGUUCAGUAA